AUGAAGACCGUUUUUAGCACUAUCGUCGGGCUGGUAGCCUGCGCGGCGGUCGCUGCGGAAGAAACUUCUCCCCAAGUCGCGGUUGAGCUAAACCCCAGUGAAAUCGUCGCCGUUCAGGAAGAUCCGAACGCAGAGCCGCGUCUCUUUUUCCCCCUGAACGCUCUAGUCGCCGCUAAGCUUGCGAAGUUCAUCGUUCCGGUUCCUGUCUCUGUUCCUACCCCACCUCCUCCUCCUCCUCCUCAUCCUUAUCCUCAUCCUUAUCCCCAUCCUUAUCCUGAUCAUCAUCAUCAUCAUCAUCCUCGUCCUCCUCCUCCUCCCCCUGUCUACCUCCUCCCUAUCAAUGGCGGAGGCGCUGUCCCUGGCAAUGGCAUUGUCAACGGCACUGUCACGGUCCCCACCACGACCGCUCCCGUUAUCUCUGUUGAUACUAAUCUAGGCGGGCUCCUUUCACGAGCUGACCAGAACUAA